AUGGGUAACGCAUCCUCAUCUCAAUCCCAAUCAUCUCCCUCUGCCCCAGCUCCCUCUGCAACAUCUACAUCAACCGUUCCAUCAAACCAAGACAGCUCAUCCAAUGGACCGAUAAUCUCCCCUCAACCUAUAUCUAGAUCACGAGCCGGUGCAAGUACAACUCAAUCAAGUAGUACAGCCUUUCAUUCAGGUCUGACCCCACCAGUAUCACCUCCUUCACCUCCUCCACCAUCUACACCAGUCCUGUUACCCUACGCAGGACACUUAUCUCCUCAGAAUCCACAUUGCUUGUCUCAUCCACAGGCACACGACUACUCGAAAAGUACAGUGACGAGGUUGAUUUUAGAUGGGAAGCUCGCACCGUUUUAUAGAGGAUUGGAAGAUUUCGAAGAAGAUUGGUCAGAAAAUCAAAUAUUCAAGAAUUUGAAUGAGACUAGAGAAAAAGAUUAUGAAGAAGGUGUAGAAAAUAGUUUCACGAAGACUUUAAAAGAUGAGAGAGAUCCACCGAAUUCAUCGACGGUGGGAAGUGUAGCUAAGAAGAUUGGUGCAGGGUUGAAUAAGCAGAAAGCACAAAGAAAGGAAGAAGAAAAAGAGGAGAGAAUAAGGAGAGAGAAGAAAGCUUAUAGGUUCGCUGUGGAAUGUCCAAUUUGUUUCCUUAACUACCCACCGAAUAUCAAUACCUCUCGAUGCUGCCAACAACCAGUUUGUACGGAAUGUUUUGUCCAGAUCAAACGGUCCGAAGCUACCUUGACUCAUCUUGAGUCCGAUCCAGCAUGUUGUCCAUUCUGUAUGGAAACUGAUUUCGGAGUGAUCUACGAACGACCAUUAAGUCCUCUGGAUAGCUCUUCGAGCGUCGCUCUGGCUACUUCACCCGGAUCAGAAUUUGGUGGGGAUGCAUCGAGUUUCAGUCAGGCGUUGAGUUUAGGUAGUGAGGCAGAAUUGAAUGUUGGUCCAGGUAUGAAUCCAAAAAUGAAAGAAACGAUUAGAAGGAAGAGUGUCAGUUCGAAAGCUAAAGAGGUGGUCACUAUCGAUGAAAUUCGACCUGAUUGGGAGAACAAACUCAAUGCUGUCAAAGCUGCCGCUGCUAGAAAGGCUUCUAGGAGAAUUGUCAUGAGACAGGUUGGAGAUCGUCUGAUCCCCAUUGGGUUUACAUCGUCGCGAGCACCCGGUACAGCCGAUUUCAGCAUGUCGGUGGGUCAACAAUCCAGUGAGCCAGGAUCAAGAAGAUCAAGCAGGAGAUCGUCCAACAGGGAAAGAGAAUUGGAAGAACUAAUGAUCGAAGAAGCUAUGAGAUUAUCUUUGAUGGAUCAUGAAGACCAUCAACGUAAACUCGCCGACGAACGACGUAAAUCGUCCGUAUCUAGCGUAUCAUCACCUCUAAAUCCUGCCAACUCAUCUGCACCAAGUCCCGCACCAAUCAUCGUCACUUCCCAAGCUGGACCUGGACCUUCUACGUCUUCCAGAAGGGCUAGUAAUGCGGAUACCAGUACGAAGAGCAAAUUACUGUCAAAGAUCAAUCAUGUUAGGGCAAGAGCAAGUUCAAACGCAUCGAAUAAGAUUGGUGGAAGUGGUGAUUACAGAUCUGUUACUUUUGCUGGAUCAUCAAGUAAUACAAGUAACAACAAUUCACCUAAACCUUCUCCACCUACUUCUGCUACUCCCUCUCGAACGAAUACCAAUACCAAUACAUCUACUUCUAACCCUCCGCCAUUACCCACUACGACUACGGCACCAUUGGUAGUUCCUCAACCGACUAGUGCACAUACCAAACAUCCCAGUACUACGACUUCCGGUGGACUAAGUCCAACUUCACCUGCACCAGUUGCUGCAGGUCCAAUUACGACUUUAGCCAGUCCAGCAGCAGAACGAAAUAAUCACAGUCAUACCCACCAAGAAGCUGGAUUACCUAGAUUAAGUUUAGAUAUGCCUGCUCUUACUCCCGAUACCGCCCAGAAUGGGGUUGGAGGGAUAAAAGGUAAACAACCUGCUAGACCUACACAUUUGGAGAGAAUGGAUAGUGAAUUGAGUGAAGCGACGGUUGGACCAGGUAAUUAUGCUCAAUUGGAUAGUGACGAGGAGUAG